ACUGUAGCCACGAUUUAGUGCGCACUUUUUGCACUCGUGCAGACAGUUGGAUAAAUAGAGUGAAUGUAUAAGAUUUAAUUAGGUUUAAUCAAGAUAUAAAUUUAUUACAUAUUAAUCAGCAAAAGAGCGUAUACGAAUAAGUUCGAUGCAUAUGUAGCAAUAAAAAAUGUUUUGGAGUGUUCCUGUUAUCUUGAAUUAAGUAAAAAACGCAACCUCUAUCACGUGUCACUGGAACAUCUGAUGGGUUGUCACAGCAAUUUUAAAUAUGAGUAACAUUGUUCCAAGUAAAUCGACUGUUUAUGUAUCAAAUUUACCUUUUUCCUUGACCAAUAAUGAUAUACAUCAAUUGUUGGAAAAGUACGGAAAAAUUGUCAAAGUAACGGUGUUGAAAGACAAAAUAACGCGACUUAGUCGUGGCGUUGCUUUUGUAUUAUUUUCCAAGCAAGACGACGCCUUACUCUGUGCGAAUUCAAUCAAUAAUACGGAAAUAUAUGGUCGCACUGUAAAAAGUUCGAUAGCAGUUGACAAUGGUCGCAGCACUGAAUUCAUACAUCGCAAGGAUUAUCCAGAUAAAUCACAGUGCUAUGAAUGUGGACAGGAGGGACACUUGUCGUAUUGCUGCAGUAACAAUUCAUUAGGUCCCAGAAAACCGCCACCAAAAAAGAUGAGGAUACGGAAGAAAAAUGUAAAACAAGAGAAAUACGACACAGGUUACUUCGAUAGCGAUAACGAAGAAGCGAUAUCAAAGAAGGCAAGAUUUGAUAACGAUAACAUUGAGGACGAUUCUGAGGAAGAACCUGAAACACUGAGUGCAGUGAUUGCACUGGAGCAAAAAAAAUUUGAGAUGGAAAAUAAACGCGGAGAAGUGAUAGAUGGACAUGACAGAAAAGAAAGUUCAACUGCAUCAAAGAAACGUUUUAAGAAAAAUAAAUACUUUAGCGAUGAAGAAGACUUUAGCGAAUAAUAUAUAUUAUAUACAGUGUUAUUUGAUCUCUAUAUACGUGUAUAUGAGUAUAGUAAGUAGUAAUUAAAAAGUGUAUAUUUGCAGAUA